AACUUCACAAUUCUUCUUAUAGAAAUACAAACUUCCAAAACCAGCACUCUUAAAGAAAGGGAUUGGACUGGAAAGGUCUCAACUUUAUCAAGUUUUAGGGUUUAUGGGAGCUGUAAACUAAAAGGGGUUUAUCUAUUUGUAUACUUGAUUUCUUGUGUACUGUGUAAAUUCUUUUCUGCCACCUCUUCUGUUAAUUUAGUUAGUUGCACAAAUUCAUUUCUGCUUUGGGGAGAGCAAUUUCUAUUGCUCAGAGGUUUUAGCUAUAAUUUUCUACCAGAGAAUUGAAUAUUUGUACACCAUUUUUCAUCUUAGAAAAAACUAGGGGAAGAAGGUAAUGGGUUAUAUAUGUGAGUAUUGUGGGGAGCAACGAUCAAUUGUCUAUUGCCGGUCUGAUUCAGCUUGCUUGUGUUUGUCGUGUGAUCGGAAUAUCCAUUCUGCAAAUGCCCUGUCACAACGUCAUUCCAGAACACUUGUAUGUGAAAGAUGUAAUUCCCAACCAGCUAUUUUCAGAUGUGUCGAGGAGAGGGUCUCUCUAUGCCAGAAUUGUGAUUGGUUGGCUCAUGCUAGUUCUAGUACAUGUUCAACACAUAAGAGACAAGCACUUGGUUGUUAUACAGGGUGUCCUUCGGCGGUGGAGCUUUCUACUAUCUGGUCAUUUAUUCUAGGUGACCCUUCAGUUUGUGAUUCGACUUGUGAGCAAGGGAUGGGUUCAAUGAGCAUCACUGAUUGCCAACCUGGGGAUAGCCAACAUCGUCAAGUAAAGGAAAAAUCUCAAGACAUAUCUUCUGAUGAAGCAAACGAUUUGCAUAAUCUAGUCAAGUCUGCCCCUUUCAUGGGAUCGUCUAUGCCUAGUCUUGAUAACGAGCUUUCCAAUGUUGAACUGCUUGUUGAUUCCACAUAUUUAACUUGGUCUAAGGUGAAAAAUUCUGGAACAAAAGGCUACAAUGAUCCUUUUUAUGAUGAUUUCAAUAUGGAUGAAGUGGACUUAAGUGUUGAAAAUUAUAAAGAGCUAUUUGGUGUUUCUAUUGAUAAUCGUGAUCAACUGUUUAAGAAUGAAGACAUUGAUGACUUCUUUGGGAUGAAGGACAUGUCAGUUGCUGAGUCCAGCUUCCAGGGUGUCAAUGCUGUCGAGGGGUCAGCAGUGGGAAAGGUAAACGCGGUGAAGUCAGCUUGUAGCAAUGCAGCAUCGGCAGAAUCAAUGAUGAGCUGUAAGACAGAACCUCCUACCCUUUGCUUUGCAAUGCAACAAUCCAGUUUCUCAUUUUCAAACCUCACGGGAGAGAGCAAUGCUGGAGAUUAUCAAGACUGUGGAGCCUCCUCAAUGCUUCGCAUGGGAGAGCCAUCCUGGCGUCCUCCAUGUCCUGAAAGUUCAAUGCCAUCAACUAGCAGGAGUGAUGCUGUAUUGCGCUACAAGGAAAAGAAGAAGACACGUCAAUUUGACAAACGAGUGAGAUAUGUUUCUCGCAAGGCAAGAGCAGAAGUAAGAAGACGUGUAAAAGGACGGUUUGUCAAGGAUGGUGAUGCUUAUGACUAUGAUCCACUGCACCAAACCAGAAGCUAUUGAUCAUAAAACAUUUCCUCGUAGUACACACGAGGAGAGAAGCAUAGAGACAAUUGGUUGAAGUUUCAAGCAAAUGAAUUGUAUUUAUUGUUGCAGUGACAAAGAGUAGGUUGUUUCUCAGUGGAUACAAUGUCUCCAAUCAUUGGAAGCUUGAAUCUAGAAUGCAGAGUUCGCUGUUCCUCCUCUGUAGGUCCAAACUUCAUCAUCUAGGAAAAGAAAAAAGAUAGAUGUGCACUCCUUAUGUCAAUCAAAAUUAAGAGUGCUGCAGAGAAAGAAUUUGGUCAUCUGUAGACAACACGAUGGGCGUUCUCUCCAGAAAUCAAUCAAGAUUUGUUCUCUCAAUUGUAUUUAUGUUGCAUUUCGAUAAUACUGGGUUUCGUCGAGCUUGCUUCUGGUCCUACACAACUCAUACUAUGUGGAUUUAACACUAUUCAUGUCCCCAUACAAAUUCACCUGCCCUUGAGCUCCCCUUACUGUUAUGUAUAUUAUAGGCAGUGUUUAGAAGUUAAGAAAUAAAAAUGAGCAACACAUUCUAAGUUUUCAUCUGUGCUUUAUGUUUGAGGAUUGAGAUUCCUUGUCUAAUAUGUAUAGUACUAUCAUGUAUAUUAUGGCCACUUUGUACAGAUGACAGAUGCACCUUAAAUUGUAAUUUUUUCAUUUUUUGUC